ACCAAAACUCCACCGCACAACUCAGAAGAGUAAGGAGACUGCAGUAAACAGAAAGAGAGCUCUUGGCUUCCUCAGAAAUGGUGCUGCAAGUCAUUCUCGCCGGGCUGCUCCUCGCCGUAAUGGUCCUCACUAUUUGGCCGAGAAAACCCCCCGGCAUCCCACCAGGGUUGUGGGGAUGGCCACUGAUUGGGGCUCUGCCUUCCACUGAUGUCGCGAUAGCUGAUCAAGUUAAGGAACUGAGGAAAAAAUAUGGGGAUAUCAUAUCGUGGCGGUUGGGAAGUCGUCUCUUCAUUUACCUGUGCAAUUUCAAGCUUAUUAAAACUGUCUUCUCGAGGGCUGACGUCACAGACAGACCCGACUUCUACAGUGUCAGGUCUAUUACACAACUCCAGGAAGGGGGCAUCGUCAACGCUAACGGACAGCUAUGGCUGAACAACAGAAGAUUCACUCUGCGCCACCUGAAGGACCUGGGAAUGGGCAAAUCUCACCUGGGAGAGGCCAUCGAAAAGGAGGCCCAGUUUCUGGUUGAGGAUUUCAAGAAAUACCUCAACAAACCGACUUCCUUACCCUGGUCGAUCAACGUGGCUGUUCUCAACGUACUCUGGCAGAUGAUGGCGGGAAUCCGUUACAACAUCAGCGAUGAAAAGAUCACGAAAUUCAGCAAAAUAGUUUACGAAGGAUCCUUGGGAUUUGAAGGAACAGUGUUCCUACUGGACAUCUUCCCUCGACUGGAAUCGUUGCUCCCUUUCGCUGUCAAGUCGUGGCUGGGAAUGAACCGUAUUUACGAAAGUACUGCCAAAAUCAACGAUUUCAUUCGGAGUGAAAUUGUGGAGAGCCACGUCAAAACUUUCGACCCAGGUAACCCAAAAGACUACAUUGACGCAUAUUUUCUAGAAAUGGAGGGGCAGAAGAACGACCCAAACUCCACCAUGAGCUUGGAAGAUCUCUGCCACACGCUGACUGACCUCUUUGGAGCAGGGAGCAUAACUACCGCCAUGACGAUCAAAUGGGCCGUUUUGUACCUGGCCAAAUAUCCAGAGGUUCAAAAGAAAGCGCAGGAGAAAAUCGAUCUCGUUGUACCCCGAAAUGUGCUGCCAUCCCUCGACCAGAAAGAUAAACUCCCAUAUAUAGAAGCGCUAUGUUAUGAGAUUCUGAGGCUGACAACUCUUGCCACUAUGGGGAUGCCUCACAGCAACGAGAAAGACAUCGAGCUUGAUGGGUAUAGGAUUCCUAAGAACUCUGUGCUGAUAGGCCACCUGGAAUGCUGCAACAAAGACCCAGCUUACUGGGAGAGGCCCGAAGACCUCUACCCAGAGCACUUCCUGGAUGAGAAUGGAAAGCUCUCUUCCAAGAGGGAAGGUUUCCUUCCCUUCUCGGUGGGGAAGCGCCUGUGCGUCGGCGAGUCCUUGGCGCGCAUGGAACUCUAUGUAUUCUUGGCAGCUCUCAUCCAGAAUUUCACAUUCACUGCACCGGAGGGAGAGAAGUUAUCCACCGAGAAGAAUCCCACUGAGAGAAUUCUUGCAGUUCCACAGCCUUUCAAUAUCAUCAUCACACAAAGAGGAUAAACUUCAUUCAGAGGAACUUACUCCCCCUCCCCCCCAAAAAAAAAAAAAAAAAAAAAAAAAAAAAAAAAAAAACUCGGGAAAGAAGCCAUGCACAACAGAGUAAAGGAGAGAAUGAGAAUGAAAAUCCAACAGGACAAGAAAACAAUUUGGCAUCUGUAAUCAGACAAUGCACUGGAGUGUUCGAUGUUUCUAAACCCAAGUCAAAAGUUCUCUCACAUUAUUUAGUUGACUGUAUUAUUUCUUUCUCUUUCUGGAAAGAUUUUAUAUACAUAUAGUAAACAUUGUGGGCUUUGAAUGCCCGGAAUAAACAGGAUUUUCUUAAUGAAACAGCAGACAGAUUUUCUUAAAAAUCGUCUUUACAAGGCUCAAUAUAUUCCAUACUUACACGUAUGACUACCCUACAGUAUUACAGGCACCUGUUAUGCCUAAAUAACGUAACAGCAUAGUCAAGUUGUUUUUUGCCAGCAUAGACCCUUGCCCUAGUGCAGCCUAUAGUGAUGAGAUGUGACCCUCCAAACUCAUAACUACCAAACUGUCCUAAAUCAUAUCAAGUUAACAGAGACGAGGCUAACAUUACAGUUGGCCAUCAAAGAAUUUGCGUAGUUUCUUGAUUCACUGUUUGUGAUGGAAGUAUUGCCAUAUGCAGGUGCCAAAUUAUUUAAUUAUCAAUAAAUAAUAUUUCCUGUCAAAGAUGUUAUACUUGAAAUAAAUUAAAUUGGAAUCAAGUAGAAUUAUUCAAUGUAUCAAUGAUAAUUAUUUUGCACUAGAAAAUAUAUACCCACAAGUCCAUGAA